GAAGCCACUAGAAAGAAUAGAAUAGAAUAGAAGUUUUUUUAAUCUAUAGUCUUACAGUAUACACUCUACACUUUGUCUUUACAUUCUGAAAUAUUAAAUGUUAUGAAUUUAUUGUGAUGAUAAAAACAAUAAUACAACUCAUUCAAGGAAAACAAUAUAAAAAUAGAAAACAACAAAAAUAAAUACCGUGUUUUUGAAACUUUAACUUCGACUAUUCGAGUUCGGGCGCGUAACGAUCGUUUUGACAUUAAAUGAAUUAUUCCGAAAUGAUUUGAUAAUGUUAAAUGUUUUUUUAAAUCGAUACUAAUUAAAUCGGCAUUGUAAAGGCAUCAUGUUGAGGUAGUUCGACUUACGAGGAACUAGCCUGUUUUUGUGUAUUGUACAUUGCCAUAAAAUCGAUUAUCUACGAUAUAGAUUCCAAAAUUAUUGAAAAAAGGUUUUAUAGGGCUGUAUGUUUUGAUAAUGGUUAUAGAAAUGAAGAAUAAUCAGAAUUGAUGUAGCGAAAAUCUCCAAAUAUGGUCGAGCAGUGCUGUGUGGAUGGUUGCUUGAAUUCUACUGAUGAUGUUUCUUACUUCAAGUUGCCAGUAAGCAGAACACAGCGGCGGAAAUGGCUGGAUGCAAUCAACAGCGGCUUCAAGCUGACAGACGACGCGAUGGUCUGCAGCAAACACUUCGAGCCCGAUAACUACAUUUUAGUGCGUGGCCGGAGACGGCUCAAGCCGAAGGUCGUGCCCAGCUUGUUCGAGAAGAAAAGAUGUUUGCCAGAUGAUGCCAAAGAUAAAACAGUGGGAGUUGAACAACAUGAUGUACCAAUAGAAUUUGCAAGUGAAAUAGCAGAGAAACAAGAUGAUGUCGCAAAAGAUGUUGGAGAAAGACUGCGUGAAGAAGCAGAAGUUGAAGGAACGGGAAGAGAAUUGGAAAAUAGUGAUGUAGCCGAUAAACCCUCAGAAGAAGAAUUAACAAAUAAAAAAGAGAAACAGCAGACAGCAGGAGACAAUACAAAUGAUACUAGUGAAGAUGAAAGAAAGCCUUUAAUAGAAGGCGAGAACGCAGAGGUUGAGAGGAGAGAAGAGGAAAAAGCGAAGAAACUAGAGAAUAAGCCGAACCACAUUGAUGAAGAUGUUGUUGAGGUCCAGCAGAGUCCUACUAAAUUGUUACCAGUGCUAGAUAGCAUGUAUAAGGACCUGGAGGAAGUGAUAAAAAACUACCAGAUCAAGCAGACGCGGCCUUUAUCUGAGCUGCUGCGGGAGAGGGACGAAGAUAUGCGAAUGGCCCACGAUAGAGCGGAACGGGCCGACGCUACCAGCUUCGUAGAGGUGGAGAUUAAAGAGGGGCGGGGCCAAGGUUCAGGGGACAGAGACUGUCUGAUGCUGCUCGAGAACGUUCAAGUGGAGAUUGACCCUGCCAACCUUCUGUUGUGCGACCGGGAUAGUGACGUAGAACAAGUCGGGCUGGACUCAACCUCUGAUGUCAUUCACCUGGGAAAGAGAAAGGAAAACCCUAUUAGUUUGCUGACAUCAAGUGAUGACGACGAUGUGAUAAUAGAAGAACCCCAUAUAGACACUGUAGUAGUCUCAGAUGCAACAGAUGAAGACGACCUACCCUUGCUAAAACUGGUGAAACGGAAGAAGAAACAAAGCCAAAAGUCUGCAGCCAUUGCGAAAAUAAUGACAUACUGCCAGUAUGAGUGUAUCAAAUGCCAUUACUGUACAAACAGCUUGGCAGACUACAAGAGUCAUAUAACAACACAUUUUCAAAUCGUCAUGUACUGUCAGACCUGUAAUUUUGCAACUCCAAGUGAAGCUGUGAUGGGUGCACACAAAUCUAAGCAUCAUCUCGAUAAGAAAGGUGUUAAAUUAGUACAAAAAUACAAGUGUCCGUUGUGUGAGUAUCGUGCAAGACAUCAUAUGAGUUUAGUGUAUCAUUUGGAGACUCAUAAGAAUGAAGGGACGUGUAGUGCUAGUGCUAAUGCUAAUGAGUGUAAAAUGUGUCCGUACUGUAAUCAUUAUUCGUCGAGGAAGAGAGACUUGAAGAGGCACCUUAGGGCUCAGCAUGCUGAUGAAAGAGACAUUGAUAAAGUUCUAUUAGAAAUAUAAAGUUAAGUGAACACUUCUCUCAAUUUAUAUUUGUGUGAACCAUUAAGAGGUAAUAUUAGCUGAGGCCUUUCUCAUACUAAAGGAUUUCAAAACAAUUCCGCGCUAACGCUGCCAAAACAAAAGUCAGUAUGAUCAGGUCAACUUAAACUCUGACUAAAAUUCCUAAGUAAAAACUAAAAAAUCAGGGUUUCGUUCUAGACUUUUUCUUCCUCCAAAAUAUAGUCAAUCAUAAUUAAAUUUUGGAAAGUGACUGGGAAGAAAGUAUUGUCAGAUUUGUAUAAUAAGAUUUGUAUGCUAAGACAUCUUAAGAACUGUUUGUCAUACUCUAGUAGUAAACGAUAAAUAUUAAAACAUAAUAUCAUAACAUAAAAGAACAUAGAUAAUAUCAACAACAAAUAAAAUCAAAAUUAUCAUAUUGAAGGUGAAGUGUUGAGGCAACAGCCCACAGACAUCCGCAAGACCAGAGGGCCUACCAUCAACUUUUAAUAAGAGAUGCGAAUCGGAUUCGCACCGCUUAUUAAAAGUUCAGUUUAGGUACCUAAACUGAAUCACUAAAAUUCGUACCAUGAAGUGCCUUUUACUGAAUGGCGUUUGGAUCGCUUAUGAAGAAUGAACGAAAUAAAAUUGCGUUUCGAAACCUAAAAUGAUAUGAUUUUAGCGGUUUUUUUGUGUAGAAAAUACUAAAAACACAUUUUAAAAUUGCGGAAUUGCGUCAAAUUAUAAACUUAAUGGUUUAUAAUUUUUUUUUAAGCCCUUUUUUAUAAUUAUUAAAUAAUAGUAAUAUAAAUAAAUAUAGUUCUUUGAAUUACAAAUGAAAUGUUUGCUUUUGUGUUUUCGUAAAAAUAACCAGUUAUGAACGCACCUCCAUUGAUGUUUGAUUUGACAGGACCACGGAGUACAUUUAUUUAAUUCAUUCUUGCGAACAGGCUAUAGCCCGGGCCCUUACUGCCCCGUCUUUAGUAUUUUCAUUUUUGGUAUUUGUUUUCAGUAUUUUGUUUUACAAAAAUGACCAAUAAAGUAUUCUCAUCUCAUCUUGAAUCAAUAAAAAUUUUCUUUUCUAUGUUUUCACUAUUUUUUAAAAGUUAUUAACAACACGAUUCACUUUCCUCUAAGGAAGUAGCAACUUUUUUCGAAUCGGUUACUUUGAAAAAUAAGCUAUCCAGUUUAGGUUGAAAUAACACCUCAUAGUACGAAAGAAUCAACGAACUAAAUCAGUUUGCGGUUCAGUUGAUAUCAUUUUUGACAUUCAAUUGACAUCAUUGCGAUUUAAUCAGUUGAUUUGACGUCAACCUAAAUUAGAUAGUUCUAAUCACGUCGUGGUACGAAAUAGCAAUGCAGUUCAUUUUAGGUUGUCAAUUGAACCGCAAUAAGAGUUCAUGGUAGGCCCGCAGGGGUCAAGAGAUGUGGUGCCGGCCUUUAAGGUCCCAACUAAAUAUGUUUGCUUUUUUCUUGGAGAUGUUUCGUAUCGGUUCGGGAAAACAGCAGCAGGUAAUUGAUU